UGCAAAGAUGGCUGCACCGUGAGCGCAGAGGAGGAGGAGGCGGCGGCGGCGGCGGCGAGAGAGCGAGCACCCAGCGCCCGCACCCACCCCGGGGCCGCCCGGGACGCCCCCUCCUGAGCGCGCUCCCUCCCUUCUCUCUUGCAAGCGCCGGGGCAAAGGCGGAGACAGCGGGGUCCCUCCUACCCCCCUUUCCCUCCAGGGGGGAACCCCCCUUCCCCCCUCCUUGGCUCGGCGGCUGCACCCCCUCCCUUGCCCGCCCCUCCGCCCCUGCCCCCUCCCUCCCCAGCCCGGGGCCUUCCCGGGCCUUCGGCGGCUGCAAAGAAAAAAAGAGAGAGAGAGAGAGAGGGGAAAAAAAAAAAGCAGCAGCGGAGGGAGCGGCGGCGGAGGAGAGCGCGCGCGCGCCCCCUCCCUCCCUCCCUCCCUCCCCCUCCCCCCAAUUUCCACCGCGGCCAAUUCAUGGACAGGAACUACCCCAGCGCCGGCUUCGGGGACCCGCUCGGCGCCGGGGCGGGAUGGAGUUACGAGAGGUCAGCGAAAGCUAGCUUGGUCUAUGGCAGCUCCAGGACCUCGCACCCCGAGACCGACAUCUUACACCGCCAGGCCUACGCGGCCCCCCACCCACUGCAAAGCUAUGCCACCAACCACCACCCAGCAGGCCUCUCUGGACUCUUCGACACUGGCCUCCACCACGCGGGCUCAGCAGGGCCCGACGCCUCCGUCAUGAACCUCAUCUCGGCCCUGGAGUCCCGGGGCCCCCAGCCUGGCCCCUCUGCCUCCUCUCUCCUCUCCCAGUUCCGCAGUCCUUCCUGGCAAACAGCCAUGCACACGCCAGGCCCCACGGAGCUCUUCAUUUCGGGCGCCCUGCCGGGUUCCAGCACCUUUCCAUCCUCCUCUGCCCUGUCGGCCUACCAGCACCCGGCUUCCUUCGGCAGCCGCCCCUUCCCAGUGCCCUCGUCCCUCAGCCUUCAAGAUCCCCCAUUCAGUCCCCCAGCUAACGGGCUCCUGUCCCCUCAUGAUGUGUUGCACCUAAAGCCCUCGCAAGCACCCACGGUGCCAUCCUCGCUGGGCUUCGAGCGCCUGGCAGGGGGCGGUGUCCUGGGGCCUGCUGGUCUCGGCCCGGCCCAGACCCCUCCUUACCGCCCUGGCCCUCCUGACCCACCCCCACCCCCCCGCCACCUCCCGACUCAGUUCAACCUGCUGGCUUCCUCUUCCGCUGCUGCCGCUGCCGCCGAGCAAUCUUCCCCACAGCUCUACAACUUCUCGGGUGCUGCCCCGGGCCCCCCGCCACCCGAGCGGGCCCUGCCCCGCCAGGACACCGUCAUCAAGCACUACCAGCGGCCGGCAAGUGCACAGCCCCCGCCGCCCCCGCCACCAGCCCACGCCCUCCAGCAUUACCUGAGCUGUGGAGGCAGCUACUCCUCCAUGGGCCACAGGGCUAACCUGGCCUGUAGCCCCCUGGGCGGCGGGGAGCCCUCCCCUGGUGCUGGCGAGCCUAGCAAGGCUGGGCCCAGCGGAGCCACGGCUGGAGCAUCGGGCCGGGCUGCAGGCCCAGAGGCGGCUGGAGGAGGUGGGGCUGCGGGUGGCGGUGGAGGUUACCGCCCCAUCAUUCAGUCGCCCGGUUACAAGACAGGCAAAGGCGGUUAUGGAGCAGCUGCGGGUGCUGCCAACAGGCCCCCCCCGCCCCGUUCAACCGCCACGCCCAAAUGCCAGAGUCUGGGUGGGCCAGCAGCAGCCUAUGCCACUGGGAAGGCCUCUGGGGCUGGCGGGGCCGGGGGCCAAGCCUAUUCCCCUGGACAGCCCCAAGGGCUUCUAGGACCCCAGGCCUACGGGCAAGGGUUUGGAGGGGGUCAAGCACAGGACUUGAGCAAAGGCCCUAGCUACUCAGGGGGGCCCCCACAGCCCCCCAGUGGCCCCCCGCCUCCUGGCCUAGCCACGUGUCAGAGCUACUCCCCGGAUCAGCUGCAGGGGCAGCUGUAUGGGGUUCAGGGUGAGCCAUACCCCGGGCCAGCUGCCCAUUCCCAGGGGCUGCCCACAGCCAGCCCCUCGCUCAGCUACAGUACUGGCCAUUCCCCGGCGCUCUCGGGUCACGGAGGUGGCUGGGGGCCCAGCUCCCUGGGGGGUGGCGGCGAGGCCAGCCCUUCUCACAUCAUCCGCCCACUGCAGUCGCCGCCUGCCCCCGGCCGCCCGCCUGGAGUCGGCUCUCCGGGAGCCCCUGGCAAAUACCUGAGUUCCGUCUUGGCCUCGGCCCCUUUCCUGGCGCCUCCGGGAGCCGGCAGCUAUGCAGCCGGAGCAGGUGGCUACAAAGGCAAAGGGGAUGGCUCGGAGCUGCUGGCUGGCCCCGGCGGGCCUCCUGCCGAGCGCACGGAAGAUGAGGAAUUCCUCAUCCAGCAUCUCCUACAGGCACCCAGCCCCCCGCGGACCUCAGGGGCAGACGGCUUGGUGGGUGAAGAUGGGGCAGCGGAUGCCUCCAAGGGACUUGGGGGUAGUGGUGGGGCCGGGGGUCCACCGGGCACACCCUACGAGCUGGCCAAGGAAGACCCCCAGAGGUAUCACCUGCAGAGUGUCAUCCGGACGAGUGCCAGCCUCGACGAGGGUGCCACAGCAGCCCUGGAGCUGGGCCUGGGGAGGCUGAAGGAGAAGAAGAAAGGGCCGGAACGAGGUGGCGAGACACCCGAGGGGCUGGCCACCUCAGUGGUCCACUAUGGGGCAGGUGCCAAGGAGCUGGGGGCCUUUCUCCAAAAGAGCCCGCCGCCCCCACCUCCCACGGCUCAGCCUGCCCAGCCCACACCCCACGGCCUCCUCCUGGAGGCCGGGGGCCCUGACCUCCCACUGGUGCUGCCUCCGCCUCCCCCACCACAACUGCUCCCUUCUGUCCUUAGCCACGCCCCCAGCCCCUCUCCCAGUGCCCCCAAGGUUGGUGUUCAUCUCCUUGAGCCAGCCACCCGUGAUGGGGCGCCCCAGGCGCCCCCGCCGCCGCCCCCACCUCCGCCACCCAUGCCCCUCCAGCUUGAGGCCCACCUCCGAAGCCACGGCCUGGAGCCUGGUGCCCCCAGCCCCCGCCUGCGACCCGAGGAGAGUCUGGAGCCCCCAGGCGCUAUGCAGGAGUUGCUUGGGGCCCUGGAGCCACUACCCCCAGGGCCUGGUGACACUGGCGUAGGCCCACCUAAUACCGAGGGCAAGGAUCCCUCAGGUGCCUACCGCAGCCCCAGCCCGCAAGGCACAAAGGCCCCCCGCUUUGUGCCACUCACGUCCAUCUGUUUUCCUGACUCCUUGCUCCAAGACGAGGAGCGCAGCUUCUUCCCCACCAUGGAGGAGAUGUUCGGCGGAGGGGCGGCAGACGACUAUGGCAAGGCCGGACCGCCUGAGGACGAGGGUGACCCUAAGGCGGGGACUGGGCCGCCUCCUGGCCCCCCUGCCUAUGAUCCCUAUGGGCCCUACUGCCCUAGCCGGGCGUCUGGAGCUGGGCCUGAGACGCCGGGCCUGGGCCUGGACCCCAACAAACCGCCUGAGCUGCCCUCCACGGUCAAUGCCGAGCCUCUGGGCCUGAUCCAGAGUGGGCCGCACCAGGCGGCCCCGCCACCCCCGCCUCCCCCUCCACCGCCGCCACCUGCCUCCGAGCCCAAGGGAGGCUUGACCUCACCCAUCUUCUGCUCUACCAAGCCAAAGAAGCUGCUCAAGACGUCCUCCUUCCACCUGCUACGGCGCCGCGACCCGCCCUUCCAGACGCCCAAGAAGUUGUACGCCCAGGAGUACGAGUUUGAGGCGGAUGAGGACAAGGCCGAUGUGCCCGCUGAUAUCCGCCUCAACCCUCGGCGCCUGCCCGACCUGGUGUCCAGCUGCCGUUCCCGCCCGGCCCUUUCACCCCUGGGUGACAUCGACUUCUGUCCACCCAACCCAGGCCCCGAUGGCCCCAGGCGCCGUGGCCGCAAGCCGACAAAGGCCAAGCGUGAUGGCCCACCCCGGCCCCGGGGUAGGCCCCGGAUCCGCCCGCUGGAGGUCCCCACCACUGCUGGGCCAGCCUCAGCCUCCACACCCACUGAUGGAGCCAAGAAACCUCGGGGCCGGGGCCGUGGUCGGGGCAGGAAAGCCGAGGAGGUAGGGGGCACACGGCUGGAGCCCCUGAAGCCACUUAAGAUCAAGCUGUCUGUGCCCAAGGCCGGUGAGGGUCUGGGAGCCUCGUCAGGCGACGCUGUAUCCGGCGCUGACCACAACAGCCUGGACUCCAGCCUGACUCGGGAGAAGAUUGAGGCCAAGAUCAAGGAGGUGGAAGAAAAGCAGCCAGAGAUGAAGUCCGGCUUCAUGGCCUCCUUCCUGGACUUCCUCAAGUCAGGCAAGCGUCAUCCGCCACUCUAUCAGGCCGGCCUGACGCCCCCACUCAGCCCCCCCAAGAGCGUGCCGCCCUCUGUGCCGGCCCGGGGCCUGCAGCCCCAGCCCCCUGCCGCCCCCACUGUGCCACACCCCCCGCCUGCCGGCGCCUUCGGGCUGGGGGGCGCACUGGAGGCGGCCGAGAGCGAGGGGCUAGGGCUGGGCUGCCCUUCGCCCUGCAAACGGCUGGACGAGGAGCUGAAGCGCAACCUGGAGACGCUGCCCUCCUUCUCCUCGGACGAAGAAGACUCUGUGGCCAAGAACCGGGACCUGCAGGAGAGCAUCUCCUCAGCCAUCUCCGCUCUUGAUGACCCACCCCUCGCUGGGCCUAAGGACACUUCCACCCCAGAUGUGCCCUCCUUGGCAACUGAGGCUUCAGUGCCAGGGCCUCCCCCACUCCCGGGGCUCCCUAGCAGCAAUGGCACACCCGAGCCCCCGCUGCUGGAGGAGAAGCCCCCGCCCUCGCCGCCCCCCGCCCCGACGCCGCAGCCACCGCCGCCGCCACCCCCACCGCCGGCCCUGCCCUCGCCGCCCCCGCUGGUGGCCCCUGCGCCCAGCUCGCCGCCCGCCCCGCCGCCCUUGCCCUCGCCGCCCGCCCCGCCCCCGCCGGCCGCCCCCGCGCCGGAGGAGCCCCCUGCCCCGUCCCCCGAGGAGCCCGAGCCUCCGGACGCCCGGCCCCUGCACUUGGCCAAGAAGCAGGAGACGGCAGCCGUGUGCGGGGAGACGGACGAGGAGGCGGGCGAGAGCGGCGGGGAGGGCAUCUUCCGGGAGCGCGACGAGUUCGUCAUCCGCGCCGAGGACAUCCCUUCCCUCAAGCUGGCACUGCAGACGGGGCGCGAGCCCCCACCCAUCUGGCGAGUGCAGAAGGCGCUGCUGCAGAAGUUCACUCCGGAGAUCAAGGACGGACAGCGGCAGUUUUGUGCCACCAGUAAUUAUUUGGGGUAUUUUGGGGACGCGAAAAACCGGUAUCAGCGCCUUUAUGUAAAGUUCCUGGAAAACGUCAACAAGAAGGAUUAUGUGAGGGUCUGUGCUCGGAAACCCUGGCAUCGGCCCCCAGUGCCCGUCAGGCGCUCUGGGCAGGCCAAGGGCCCUGCGUCUUCUGGGGCCAGUUCUGCCCCGCCUCCCAAGGCGCCAGCACCACCUCCUAAGCCAGAGACCCCUGAUAAGACUGUCUGUGAGAAGCCCCCAGAGCAGACGCCUGAGACAGCUGCGCCCGAGCCCCCCGCCCCUGAGAAGCCAUCCCCACCUCGGCCUGUCGAGAAGGAGAAGGAGAAAGAGAAGGAGAAGGAGAAGGAGCGGGUGACGCGUGGGGAGCGGCCGCUACGGGGCGAGCGGAGCGCGGGCGGGCGGCAGACACGGCCUGAGCGGAGCCUCACCGCGGGCCAGCCCGCCACCUCCCGGCUGCCCAAGGCCCGGCCCACCAAGGUGAAGGCCGAGCCGCCCCCCAAGAAGAGGAAGAAGUGGCUGAAGGAGGCGGCAGGAAAUGCCUCGGCGGGUGGGGGUCCACCAGGCAGCUCCUCGGACUCCGAGUCAUCCCCGGGAGCACCCAGCGAGGACGAGCGGGCAGUACCUGGGCGUCUGUUGAAGACCCGGGCGAUGCGGGAGAUGUACCGGAGCUACGUGGAGAUGUUGGUGAGCACAGCACUCGACCCAGACAUGAUCCAGGCCCUGGAGGACACACAUGAUGAGCUAUACCUCCCGCCCAUGCGGAAGAUCGACGGCCUCCUGAAUGAGCACAAGAAGAAAGUCCUGAAGCGGCUGUCGCUGAGCCCAGCCCUCCAGGACGCCCUGCACACGUUCCCCCAGCUGCAAGUGGAGCAGAGCGGGGAGGGCUCCCCUGAGGAGGGGGCCGUGCGGCUGCGGCCGGCGGGGGAGCCCUACAACCGCAAGACGCUCAGCAAGCUCAAGAGGAGCGUGGUCCGAGCCCAGGAGUUCAAAGUGGAGCUGGACAAGUCGGGAUACUACACGCUCUACCACUCGCUCCACCACUAUAAGUACCACACCUUCCUGCGCUGCAGGGACCAGACCCUGGCCAUCGAGGGCGGUGCUGAGGACCUGGGUCAGGAGGAGGUAGUCCAGCAAUGCAUGCGGAACCAGCCGUGGCUGGAACAGCUCUUCGACUCCUUCAGCGACCUGCUGGCCCAAGCACAGGCCCACAGCCGCUGUGGGUGACCCCACCCCGCCUGGGGGAGCCACCUCUUCCACGAACGGAGAAUUGGGACAGAACUGUGUCCUCAGGAGCUAACCCCUGGGCCCUGCCUGCCAGGGAAGUGGGGGGGGGGGGGGUCAUUGGUCAGGGUGUGUCCAUGCUGCCCCCACAAGGGCAGGGUUCAAAGUUCGACUCCUCCCCUCUCCCACACCCCCCUCCACUCCCUCCCCGCCCCUCCUGCUGUCCGGUGUACAGAGAAAUUAUUUAUAUAUAUGUAUAAAUGUCUAUUUAGUAACGGUUUCCCUCCCCACCUUGGCCCAAUCCCCUCUCCAUGGCCACAGCCCCGCCCCCUCCACCUUGUACAUAAUGUAUAGGAAAAGUCUAUGUAUGGUUGAGGGGGGCGGGGUGGCUUCAGAGAGCUGGGGGACCCCCUCCCCCCAACCCCCCCCUCACAGGCCAAGAUCUUUGCUAAAGGCCAUUCCCUCCCCCAGGGCAUUCGGCAUCGGGCGGGAGGGGGAAAACGCAUCUUGUUAAUUAUUUUUAAUCUUAUUUAUUGUACAUACCUGGGGCGGGGGGCUGGGGAGGUGGAGGGGGAAGAAGGGUCCCCUCCCUUUGGCCCUCCUACUCCUUUUCUACUGCGAUUGUCUGUGUCUGCCCCCCCCCCCGUCCCCCACCGCCCCAACCCCUCGUCGUCUGGAUGUGGUUCUAUUUUUUAUCCGUCUCCCCUCCCCCUCUCUCUAACCCCCCCCCCCCCCCCCGCUCCUCCCCACCACCCUUCGUCUCUUGCUCUUUCUUGGGCUUCUGUACAACUCAACUUGUAUACACUGUGUACACACAACCAGCCAAACGAAAACCCAACGGCAAACACUUUA